GGCUCUGAACAUUAUCCACAGAGAAAGAGGGUGGAGGGGAGGGAGUGGAGAGACGGGGAGAGAGAGGGAGAGAGAGGCACAGGCUGCUGCUGCUGCGAGAGGAGCCCGGCGAUUGCGCGCCGCUGCGAAGUGUUUUGCAGCCUUGGGGGACGCGCACGCACACUCCCUCGCUGGCGCUCUAGCGCACGGGGCUCUUCCUUGCAAAGUUUCGACUGCCAUCACACGCCAGGAUUUUCCUGCUCCGCUGCUGCAACCUUGAACUUUGGCAACGUGGUUGACAGUGCCGUGGUGUAUCAUCCCGCUCGCAGCUUUCUCCAGAAGCACUUUGCAAACCGAGGGGUGAAAAAGAGGCAACGCGAGGGAGGAAUAAGUCCUGUUUUUCUUCUUCUCCCCUUUAACUCCCUGCAUUCCAUUCAACACCCCCCUCCAAUUCCCUCCACCCCCCCUUCCCAGUCCACCAGCAGCGACUGCAGCAGCAAGACUGAGCCGUCGAGAACAAGAGGGUUAAAAGUGUAGAUUGGAUUUCACCCCGGGAAAUCUAGCGCUCGGAGUGAACUUGAAUCUUUGACUAUUUAAGGAGGACUUGGGGGGGUUUGCUGCGAAGUUGUGGCGGUCCGAAGCGGUGCUCGCUCCGGAUUAACUUCAUCUUUAGCCUCCGAUGACUGUAAAAUGAACAGAUGAAAUCGUUGCCCUUUUGAUACUUUUCUCUCCGCAGAAGUGCGUUCUCAGAGCGAAGUCAUGAUGUAUUCUCCCAUCUGUCUCACUCAGGAUGAAUUUCACCCAUUCAUUGAGGCCCUUCUUCCACAUGUCCGUGCAAUCGCCUACACUUGGUUCAACCUACAGGCUCGAAAACGCAAGUACUUUAAAAAACAUGAAAAGCGAAUGUCAAAGGAUGAGGAAAGAGCAGUCAAGGAUGAGCUACUUAGUGAAAAGCCUGAAAUUAAACAGAAGUGGGCAUCCAGGCUUCUCGCCAAGCUGCGCAAAGAUAUCCGCCAAGAGUAUCGGGAGGAUUUUGUGCUUACUGUUACUGGGAAGAAGCACCCAUGCUGUGUAUUGUCCAAUCCUGACCAGAAGGGUAAGAUUAGGAGAAUCGACUGCCUGCGACAGGCAGACAAAGUCUGGCGUCUGGAUCUAGUCAUGGUGAUCCUUUUCAAAGGUAUCCCCUUGGAAAGUACAGAUGGAGAACGGCUCAUGAAAUCCCCCCAUUGCACAAAUCCAGCACUUUGCGUCCAGCCCCACCACAUAACAGUAUCAGUCAAGGAGCUUGAUUUGUUUCUGGCAUACUACGUGCAGGAUCAAGAUUCUGGACAAUCAGGAAGUCCAAGCCACACUGAUCCUGCCAAGAAUCCACCAGUGUAUCUUGAGGAUAGUUUCGUAAAAUCUGGAGUCUUCAAUGUGUCAGAAUUGGUGCGGGUGUCCAGAACGCCUAUAACCCAGGGAGCUGGAGUGAACUUCCCAAUUGGAGAACUUCCGAGCCAACCAUACUAUCAUGAUAUGAACUCAAGUGUAAACCUGCAGAGAUCACUGUCCUCUCCACCGACUAGUAAGAGACCCAAAACUAUAUCCAUAGAUGAGAAUAUGGAACCAAGCCCAACAGGGGACUUUUAUCCUUCCCCAAAUUCACCAGCUGCUGGAAGUAGGACAUGGCAUGAAAGAGAUCAAGUUACUUCAUCGUGUUCAUUUUCCUAUGGUUCUCCUGCAUUCAUCACCAACCAACAAUUAGAACCACAACUUAUCAUUAAAACUGAAGCACUUGGAUCCCCUUCACCUGUUCUUCCUCUACCACCUGCUCCACCUUGUGAUGAGGAACGAGUAUCUUCUGCUGGAUUUCCUUCAUCUGGACCUUUGCCAUCUUUUGCUAUCUCACCAACAUCUGGACUUGCUUUUCCUGGAAUUCCUUUAAUUACAGAUAUGUCUUCUCCUACAAUGAAGAAGCCUGAAAAGCCUUUGUUUAGCACUACAUCUCCCCAGGAUUCUUCACCAAGAUUGACCACUUUCCAGCAUCACCAUCCAGGAAUCCCGGGAGUUGCACACAGUGUCAUCUCAACUAGACCUCCACCUUCACCCUCACCAUUGCCAUUUCCACCACAAGCUAUUCUCCCUCCUGCCCCAUCUAGCUAUUUCUCUCAUCCAACAAUCAGAUAUCCUCCUCACCUGAAUCCUCAGGAUACUCUGAAGAAUUAUUCUUACGACCCGUCCAGUCCACAAACCAGCCAGCCUAACAGCAGUGGUCAAGUAGUAGGGAAAAUGCCUGGCCAUUUUACUCCAGUUUUGGCACCCUCUCCCCAUCACAGUACGGUGCGGCCUGUGACCUUGACCAUGACAGACACUAAACCCAUCACUACUUCCACUGAAGGUGAGGCAUCUUCACCUACAGCAAGCACCUACACAGCCUCAGGCACAUCACAAGCCAAUCGAUAUGUGGGACUAAGUCCAAGAGACUCUUCCUUCCUACACCAGCAACAGCUGAGGAUUUGUGACUGGACCAUGAAUCAAAACGGCAGGCAUUUAUACCCCAGUGCCAAUGAGGAUACAUUGGGAAUUACUUGGCAAAGUCCUGGUACCUGGGCUAGCUUGGUCCCCUUUCAAGUAUCAAACAGGACACCAAUCCUGUCCACAAAUGUCCAAAAUUAUGGUUUGAACCUAAUUGGAGAGCCUUUCCUUCAAGCAGAAACAAGCAACUGAGGGAGAUUGAAACUGAACAAAAUACUAUAAAAGAAAGGAAGAUGGGACAAAACAAUAUAUGAACCUGAAGAAAGAAGAAACAUAGACCAGCAAUUGCAGCACUUACAAUCACUAAUUCCCUUAAGAUUGAAACUGUAAUGGCAUAAAAAAGGGUCGACGAUAUUUCACUGAUGAGUAGAAAGAUGCUCCUCCUGUGUAGCCUUUGUUCUAUGAAGUCCACUGGGAAAUAGAUGUUCUGUCUCUGACAAUAUAUUUUAACUGACUUUCUAGAUGCCUUAAUAUUUGCAUGAUAAGCUAGUUUAUUGGUUUAGUAUUCUUGUUGUUUACGCAUGGGAUCACUAUUCCUAGUUAGCUCUCAAAACAAAGGCUAGGAGGCAGCGGCAGAGCUGCAGGAGAAUAAGGGCUGUGAGCCAACUUUUCUCAGCAGUCUGAUUUCUGAUUUUUUUUUUU